GCGCGCGGAAACAGUACAGGAGAACGCUUGCAGCGGAGCAGCCACUCGGAGCAGUUGGUGCGUAUUACACUUGCACCGGUGUCGGUGGUACACAUAAGUAAAACGGACUUUUCAACCGGGAUAUUCCGCAGCAUGCACAGAUGCUAGGAAAACCGAUGUAUUUUGAAUCUACACCAGUGCUUAAGAUGAACAAGGAUAGAGUGAUGAUGGGAUGGAUGUGAAUAUGGGCCAGUGGGCAGGCAUGCGUGCCCCACUGCUCGGCCUCAUCUUGCUGCUGCUGUUUUUUCUCUUCAAACCACCACCCUGCUGCGGCCAGAACACCCAAGGGGCCCCUCAGAAUGGACCUCAUUUUGGUUUCACUCAGCCCGUGUACCAUGCCACAGUCUAUGAAAAUUCAGCUGCUCGCACCUAUGCCAACAGUAAUAUUAAAAUGGGCAUCCACCUGGCACAGCGCUCCUGGGAGAUUCGCUACAGAAUCACAUCAGGAGACGAUGAGGGAUUUUUCAAGGCUGAGGAGUAUGUGCUGGGCGACUUCUGCUUUUUGCGCAUAAGAACUAAAGGUGGCAACGCUGCUAUCUUAAACAGAGAAAUUCAGGACAACUAUGUUUUGACCGUCAAGGCCUCGAUUAAAGGAGAGGCCCUGCUGGAAACCUGGGCUAAAGUCAGCGUUCAAGUCUUGGAUAUGAAUGACCUUCGACCACUGUUUUCCCCCACCACUUACUCUGUGACCAUAGCAGAAAGCACCCCUCUCAGGACUAGCAUAGCACAAGUCACUGCUACCGAUGCAGACAUCGGCUCCAAUGGGGAGUUUUACUAUUUUUUUAAAGAAAAAAAGGAGCUAUUUGCAGUGCAUCCAACUAGUGGUGUUGUUUCCCUUAGUGGAAAGCUAAAUGUUGAGGAACAAAACCGAUAUGACUUAGAAAUACUGGCGGUGGACCGAGGUAUGAAGCUUUAUGGCAAUAACGGGGUCAGUAGCACGGCCAAACUCUUUGUCCAUGUUGAGCGCUUAAACGAACAUGCACCACAUAUAAGUGUGGUCACCCACAACCCCUCUUGGCUUGAUAAAAACUCGGUAUAUGCAAUAGUCACUGUUGAAGACUCAGAUGAAGGUGCAAAUGGUGAUGUAGACUCUGUGGUUAUCGUUGGUGGAGACCUCUCUGACCAAUUUUAUGUAGAAAGAGGCAAUGAAGGUGAGUUUGCCAUAAAGUCCUCUGAGACAAUUAACUGGGAGAAUUACCCAUAUGGCUGUAACCUUACAUUGCAAGCGAAAGAUAGAGGAAACCCACCAAAAUUCUCCGCGGUCAAAGUUGUUCACGUCGCAGUUAACAAACAACCGACUAUGGAUGUAAAGUUUGAUCACGAGUUUUAUGACGUUAAUUUGAGUGAAAUCGCACCGCCAGGUACAAUUGUACAGGCUGUGAAAAUAAAACCAGAGCCAGAUGAUACCGAAUAUAUCUUGACACCGUCUUCAGAUUCUGGGUUUUUCCAAAUAAAUACCUUAACAGGGGUAAUCUCCACCACUCGCUGGUUCACUCAGGUGACUCAAACUGUCUUUAACUUGGAGGUUUUGGAAAUUGAUAGUGAGCUGAAAGCUAAAGUGCAAAUUUCUAUUGAGGAUGCCAAUGACAAUACUCCAACAUUUACGCAAUCCUCUUACACGGUUUUUGUCAAUGAGAGUGUUCCAGUUGGGACUACUGUAUUAACAGUUUCUGCAGUAGAUGUGGAUAAAGGAGAAAAUGGAUACAUAACUUACAGUAUAUCCAGUAUCGUGACAUUGCCAUUUAAAAUUAAUCAGUUUUCUGGUGUAAUCAGCACCACUAAAGAGUUGGACUUUGAAUCAUCUUCAGAGAGCUUUGUUUUUGUUGUCAGAGCAUCUGACUGGGGCUCACCUUACAGGCGAGAGAGUGAAGUAAAUGUUACUGUUCAGCUGGAGAAUAUAAACGACAACCAGCCGUUGUUUGAGAAAGUAGCAUGCCAAGGUGUGAUCUCCAGACACUUCCCAAUAGAUGAAGUGAUUACCACAAUGUCCGCGAUUGAUAUAGACGAGUUAGAUCUAGUAAAAUACAAAAUCAUUUCAGGUAAUGAAUGGGGGUACUUUGAUCUAAACCCUGAUUCCGGGGUCCUUACACUAAGACGUCCCUUGGCAACGGCCAAUCCAAAGAAUGGUGUAUUCAGUCUCAAAAUAACUGCCACAGAUGGUGAAAACUUAUCUGAUCCCAUGUUUGUUAACAUAACACUUGUUAAUGGAAGGUCACCCCCCAAAGGUUUCAAUUGCAAAGAAACACGGGUAGCUCAAAAACUAGCAGAAAAAUUACUAAAAAAGUCAAAAUCAAACAACAAGCCCAAAAUAGAGGAAGGUUUUAUUGACCUUUUUUCUGUCAAUCGACAAACGCCGCAGUUUGAGAGCUCCUUUCCUUCUGAUAUCUCUGUUGUAGAAGAUCUAAAGGUGGGCUCAAGUGUUUUCCAGAUAAAUGCUUAUGAUGGGGACACUGGUUUCAAUGGACAUCUUCUCUACUCUAUAUCAGAUGGAAAUACCGAUAGCUGCUUUACAAUUGACAUGGAGACAGGUCUUGUUCAUGUCUUUCUCCCAAUGGACAGAGAAAAAAGAGAUCGGUAUCUCCUCAACAUAACUAUCUAUGACCUUGGUCUGCCACAGAAAGCUUCUUGGCGGUUGCUUACGGUCAACAUCAUGGACGCUAAUGAUAAUGCACCACAGUUUCUGCAAGAAGGUGGUUAUAGAAUUGCCAUACCUGAAAACACAGCCAUAGGGACGGAUGUCAUUCAAGUGGAGGCCACUGACAAAGAUCAUGGACUUAACGGAGAACUCUUGUACUCUUUUUUGACCAGCACAAACCAAUUUGGCAUUAACUCCUCAAACGGCAUCAUAUAUGUAGCUGGACAACUUGACAGGGAGUUUGCCUCUUCUUUUGAUCUGAAGAUUGAAGCUCGAGACAAGGCAGAGAAAGGGAGACAGAGGUUUUCUGUGACCUCAUUAAAAGUCAUAUUGGAAGAUGUAAAUGACUGUCCCCCAAUUUUUAUCCCAAGUGUAUACAAAGCCAGGGCUCUAGAGGAUCUCCCGGUUGGAACAGUUGUGGCCUGGUUAGAAACCCAAGACUUGGAUCUGGGUUUGGGUGGCCAGGUCCGCUAUUCACUCGCCAAUGACUACAACGGAUGGUUUGAGAUAGACAAAGCAAGUGGAGCUAUUCGUCUGAGCAAAGAGCUGGACUACGAGACACAGCAGUUCUACAACCUAAGUGUUCGGGCCAAAGACAAAGGAAAACCAGUCGCUCUUCUUUCUGUCACCUAUGUGGAGAUAGAGGUCCUGGAUGUGAAUGAGAAUCUCUAUGCACCAUACUUUACCCAGUUUGCCUUGUCAGGAUCAAUUAAAGAAAACACACGUAUUGGAACUACCCUUUUACAAGUCAGCGCUAAUGAUGAAGAUGAUGGCAGGGAUGGGGAAGUCCAGUACUCCAUUCGUGACGGGAGUGGACUCGGACGGUUUGCAAUCGAUGAGGAAACAGGGGUCAUCUAUACCACAGACAUGCUCGAUCGCGAGACCAAGGACUCUUAUUGGCUGACAGUAUAUGCCAGUGACCAUGGUGUGGUCCCUCAGUUUGCCACAAUUGAAGUAUUCAUUCAAGUGGAGGAUGUAAAUGACAAUGCACCGCUGACAUCUGAGCCGCUUUACCGACCAUCAAUACCGGAGAACUCGCCUCGGGAUGUUUCUGUGGUCCAGAUCCAAGCUCAGGAUCCUGAUGCCACACCACACUCAUCUACUGAUGGGCUCAACUACCGCAUCAUCAGUGGGAACCCUCAAAAUUUCUUCACUGUCAACCCUCGAACUGGUCUGAUCACAACAACCUCAAGAAAACUGGACCGUGAACAACAAACUGAACAUGUCUUAGAGGUUUUGGUGUCAGAUGGUGGACCCAGUCCGAGGCAGAGUACGGUGUGGGUGAUGGUCCAGGUCCUAGAUGAAAAUGACAACAAGCCGACAUUUCCAGAGAAGGUCUAUCAGGUCAAACUACCGGAAAGGGAGCGGAGAAAGAAAGGAGAGCCUAUCUAUCGGGUCUUUGCCUAUGAUCGUGACGAUGGACCCAACAGUGACCUUUCUUAUAGCAUCGUUGAUGGCAAUGAGGACGGGAAGUUCUUCAUUGAUCCCAAGACGGCAAUGGUGUCAUCUCGCAAGGCCUUUCCAGCUGGGAGCUACGAUAUCCUAACAAUUAAGGCAACCGACAAUGGUCGUCCUCAGAAGUCCUCCACGGCUCGCCUCCACAUUGAGUGGAUCCGUCGCCCUCCUCCUACGGCUCUGCCUCCUCUGUUUGAUGAGCCUUUCUACAAUUUUACUGUAAUGGAAAAUGACAAAGUCACAGAGAUUGUUGGCGUGGUCUCCAUGCAGCGAAGUUCAGCCCCUUUAUGGUUUGACAUCACAGGUCCCAGGUCUUUCCUUGAGAUGUUUAUUAUCCUACAGAGAAAUUGCUUCCGGAACUGUUCCUCAGAAGGUGGAAACACAGACAGCGUAUUCGAUGUUGAGAAGGCCAUGGGUACCAUCAUCAUCGCCAGGCCUUUGGAUGCUGAACAACGCUCCUUCUACAACCUAACAGUGCAGGCUACAGAUGGCAUCAAUAUUGCAUACACACAGGUUCACGUCACUGUCACUGACAACAAUGACAACGCUCCCAUCUUCUCCCAGCCAUCCUAUGAUGUGACCAUUUCUGAGGACACGCCUCCUGACACUGAAGUGGUGCAGGUCCUGGCAUUGGACAGAGAUGAAUAUCAUCAGCUAAGCUACUCGUUGCAGAGUGCAAUAGACCCUAAUAGCAUGCGUCUUUUCCGUAUCCACGCCACCAUGGGCACUAUCUACACAACCCAGAGUUUGGACCAUGAGGCUUGUGCGCAGCACAUCCUUACUGUUAUGGUCAAAGAUCAAGAAUUCCCAUACCGGAAAAACCUGGCUCGCGUGCUGGUAGAAGUGGAAGAUAUAAAUGACCAUGUACCGAUCUUUACGAGUGCAAUAUAUGAGGGUUCAGUCUAUGAGUCAGCAGCAGUGGGAUCAGCUGUUGUUCAGGUGACUGCUUUGGACAAAGACAAAGGAAAGAAUGGAGAACUUCACUACUCCAUUGAAUCAGGGAACAUUGCAAAUUCAUUUCAUAUUGAACCUGCUUUGGGAAUCAUUACAAUUGCACAUGACCUCGACUUGUCAAGUAUAGGUCACUACAUACUAACUAUCAGAGUCACAGACAAUGGUUCCCCCUCCCUGUCCACAACUACGAUAGUGCGUAUUGCAGUCACCUUCUCCAACAAUGCGGGCCCAAAGUUCCCUCAACCUGAGUACCAAGCUGACAUCUCAGAAAAUGCAGUGGUUGGAACCUCUGUUACCACAGUCAGUGCAGUCAGUCAGUCCACACUCACUUAUGAUAUCAAACAAGGCAACUCUGAUAGAAUGUUCCAGAUAAAUCAAUACAGUGGAGUGAUUACCACUCAAAAGCCUUUGGACUUUGAGACUACAUCAUAUUUUACCCUCACUGUACAGGCUACAAACAUGGCUGGCUUGGCCUCCAAUGCAACUCUUUUGAUACAUAUUUUGGAUGAAAAUGAUAACCCGCCAGUAUUCAAGCAACUUCACUAUCAUGGAAGCAUCAGCGAAGCUGCACCAAUCAAUAGUCUGGUUUUAAACACAGAAGAUUCCCCAUUAGUAAUCAGAGCUACUGAUGCCGAUCACAACCAGAAUGCUUUGCUCGUAUAUCAGAUUGUGGAAGACACAGCAAAAAUGAUUUUCACAGUUGACUCAGGUACCGGCUCUAUCAGGACCAUUGCAAAUCUUGACCAUGAGAAGUUUUCGAUCUUCCAUUUCCAUGUUCAAGUCAGGGAUAACGGUAGACCACAGUUGACAGCGGAUAGCCCAACAGAGGUCACAGUACAGGUCAUAGACACAAAUGAUUCACCACCUCGUUUUACCCAGAGUGCCUAUGAAACAGUGGUGCUUCUCCCAACCUAUGUGGGAGUGGAAGCACUACAGGUGUCAGCCAUAGACCCAGACAAACAGGCCACAGGACUCACCUACUCUUUCACUGAUGGUGCACUGGAACAUUUUUCCAUCAAACCUUCUAAUGGUCUUAUAAUUGUUAAAAACAACAGCUUUUCCAAAGAACGUUUCCGCUUCAGUGUCAAGGUCUCAGACGGAAAAUUUUCCACCACAGCGAUGGUAACCAUUCUUGUACGAGAAGCUCUGGACUCUGGUCUGAGGUUCUCUAAUGAGCUUUACACUUCUUCAAUUCAAGAGAAUGUAUCAAAUAUCACCAAGGUGGCUGUCCUCAAUGUCGUGGGAAAUCGUCUCAAUGAACCACUGAAGUACACAUUGUUGAACCCUGGUAAACGCUUUAAAAUCCGUCCAACUUCAGGAGUGAUCCAAACCACAGGUUUACCAUUUGACCGCGAAGAACAAGAAUUCUAUGAACUAGUUGUUGAGGCAAGAAGGGAACAUGACCGCUUGCAUGUAGCCAGAGUCAUGGUGAAAGUCCAGGUGGAAGACAUCAACGACAAUGCACCUAUAUUUGUUGGACUUCCAUAUUACGCAGCUGUUCAAGUAGAAGCUGAGCCAGGAUCACACAUUUUUAAGGUCAUGGCAAUUGACGGGGACAAAGGAAUUAAUGGAGAGGUGUCGUACUAUCUCAAGGAUGACUAUGGUCAUUUCGAAAUUAAUCGACACACAGGGAUUCUUAAACUCAAGAGGACAUUUGAGUCCGACCUGUCUAAUAUGGAAUACCUGAUGGUGGUAUAUGCCAAAGAUGGUGGUUUUCCACCACUAUCUUCUACAAUUGAAUUUCCUAUUACAGUUGUCAACAAAGCCAUGCCUGUCUUUGACAAAUCUUUUUAUUCAGUUUCUGUUAACGAGGAUGUGUCAGUGCACACACCUAUUCUCGGGAUUAAUGCAACUAGUCCUGAAGGUCAGAGUAUAUUUUACACAAUUGUUGAUGGAGAUCCAUAUCUUCAGUUCGACAUUGGUUUUGACACUGGAGUCAUAAGUGUCAUCCAUUUGUUAGACUAUGAAAUAUCAUCAAAUUAUCAUCUGACUAUCAGAGCAACUGAUUAUUUAACUGGUGCGCGUGCUGAGGUUGACGUGAAUGUAGCCAUUCAGGAUGUUAACGACAAUGUCCCCAUCUUCCACAAAAUGUCCUACUCUGUAGUUUUAUCAGAAACAGCCGUGAUUGGGACUCCAGCUCUUCAAGUAUUGGCCACCGACAAAGACUCUGAGAAGAAUAAUAAUGUUCUUUACCAGAUCUUAUCCGAUUCACACAACAAUACGGACUAUUUUCACAUCGACAGCAGCAGUGGACUAAUUCUGACUGCCCGUAUGCUGGACUAUGAGCAAAUCCAGAAGUAUGAGUUUAUCGUCAGGGCUACUGAUAAUGGCUUUCCUCCUUUAAGUAAUGACAUGUCUGUCACAGUUGUGGUGAAUGACACAAACGACAAUCCUCCAAUUUUCAAUCAGCUUCUUUAUGAAGCACAUGUAAACGAGCUGGCACCAAAGGGUCAAUUUGUAACCUGCGUUCAAGGUUCAGAUGCAGACAAUUCAGAUUUUGAAAAGCUGGAGUACAGUAUUUUGUCUGGAAACGAAAGGUUGAACUUUGUGAUGGAAAAAAAGACAGGAAUCAUCACGUUAUCCAGCCACAACAAAGAACGGAUGGAACCUUUUUACAGCCUUAAUGUUUCGGUCUCAGAUGGAGUCUUCACCAACACUGCACAAGUUCAUGUUAAAGUGUUGGCAGCCAACUUGUACAGUCCCAUCUUUGGACAGAAUGUAUAUGAAGCAGAGGUGAAAGAAAAUGCUGCCGUGGGAACCAAAGUUAUACAGGUAAAGGCAGCAGAUGCGGACCCAGGUGUUUUUGGUCAAGUUACUUAUUCCUUUGUCAAUGAUGUUGGCAAAAACCAAUUCAGCAUUGACUCAAGUGGCCAAAUCAUCACAGUGGAAAAACUUGAUCGUGAGGACCCUGCAAAUAAAGACAUAAUACUGGCUGUUCUCGCUCAAGACUCAGGUGGACGUGUUUCUUACUGUACAGUACAACUUACCAUUUUGGAUGACAAUGAUAAUGCACCUCACUUCAGUGCUACUGAAUACAGAGCCUCAGUCAGAUCUGAUGUGGCUAAUGGCUUCCUGGUGACACAGAUUAGUGCCAUUGACUCUGAUGACGGUACCAAUGCCAGGGUUACAUAUUCGCUCUACAGUGAGGCACAUGUCCCUGUGGCCGACAUUUUGGAGAUUGAUCCUGAAAAUGGCUGGAUGGUGACAAAAGGAAGCUUCAGUCAUUUGAGGAACUCGGUGUUAUCUUUUUUUGUAAAAGCUGUGGAUGGUGGAAGUCCAGUUCGCCACUCUCUAGUGUCGGUCUACAUUCAUGUUCUUCCUCCAGAUUCCAUCAUUCCAUCAUUUAGCCAACAGCCUUACCUAUUUAGCAUACCAGAGGACACAUUAAUAGGCUAUGCUAUUGGUAUGGUUCGCCUUAACAAUCCCCCUGGAUAUGACACCCUUACAGCUACAUUUUCCCUGGUUAAUGGGGAAAAUGGAGAAAACAACAAAGAUGAGGUGUUUGUCAUUGAAAAAGAUACGGGUGUAAUUAAGAUUGAUAAGCUCUUUGACCAUGAGUUUAUCAACGAAUACCACUUCAAAGUUAUUGCCACUGUGCAACAAGCCAAGCUGGAUUCUGUAACUUCUGUUGAUGUUGUUGUAAAAGUACUGGACCUCAAUGACAAUAAACCCUUCUUUGAGACCAUCUCAUACGAAGCCACUGUUUUGGAAGGAAUGCCAAUUGGAACCAGAGUUAUUCAAGUCCAAGCACACGACCCAGACUCAGCUGCAAAUGGACAAGUAUCAUACAGUCUCGGGGCCUUCAUCCAUUCAGAGGGUGAUUCUAAUGCUUUAACUGAAAUGUUCAGUAUUGACUCCAAUGCAGGAUGGAUUUCCACUCGGAAGAACCUGAACCAUGAGUCGACUCCAUCCUACACAUUCACUGUGAUUGCCUCAGAUCUAGGGGAGGCAUUAUCCCUUUCCAGUACCACCACUGUUACAGUGGCAGUAUUAGACAUCAAUGAUAACCCACCCAUUUUCCUGGAGCAACGGUAUGUUGGUACAGUGAAUGAGAGUGACUCCCCAGGAGAAGUGGUUGCUGUGCUAAAUACAAGAGAUGAUGACAGUUCUGCCAUCAACAGACAAGUCAGCUAUCACAUAACUGGUGGGAACUAUCGAGGUGUGUUUGCAUUGGGUCUGGUACAGGGUGAAUGGAAAAUGUAUGUGAAAGGUUUGCUGGACAGAGAAGAACGCAGCCUCUACAUUAUUAAUGUCACCGCAAGCGAUGGACUAUUUGUUUCCCAAGCAAAUGUGGAGGUCACAGUGAUGGACGCCAAUGAUAACAAACCCAUCUGUAACCAGGCACUCUAUACUGCUACCGUUCCAGAGAAUAUCCCAGUGAACAGUGUGCUUCUAAGAGUCGGUGCUACGGAUAAAGAUGUGGGCAUCAGUGCCUGGAUUCGAUACUCCUUGCAGGGCGUUGGAUCCCAUGACUUCAGCAUUGACCCAGACACAGGUGAUAUCAAGACGUCAGUAGCGCUGGACCGAGAGGUGACACCUCACUACAGGCUGGUUGCCCUGGCAACUGACGGUGGUGGGCGGUGGUGCCGCGCUGAGGUGUGGGUGGAAGUGACAGAUAUGAAUGACAACCCACCUAUCUUUACGCUGCCACACUAUACAGCAAGUGUAUAUGAAGACACUGCCACUAAAGCCCUUCUCACUCGUAUCCAAGCUAUUGACCCUGAUGAAGCUGGCCCUGGACGUACAGUUGUCUACUCCCUAGCAGACUCUGCUGAUGGUUCAUUCUCUAUUGAUAAGUCAACUGGCAUCGUGGUGCUUGAACGUAUCCUGGACAGAGAGAUUCAGUCAUCUUAUCAAAUCAAAAUAUGUGCCUCUGAUCAGGGUUUACCUGUGCCCCUCUCUUCAUCGGUCAAUGUUACAAUCACCGUAUUGGACAUAAAUGACAACCCACCAGUGUUUGAGCGUCGGGAUCAGUUGGUGACCAUUCCAGAGGAUGUGGCAGUAGGCACCAAGAUUCUCACAGUGUAUGCCGCUAGUAAGGACAUAGGAACCAAUGCUGAGAUCACCUACAGUAUACGAUCAGGAAAUGAACAUGGAAAGUUCGGUAUCCAUUCUCUUUUUGGUUCCAUUAUAGUUGCCCAGUCACUGGAUUAUGAAACUUGCAGGGACUACUUCUUAACAGUGGAGGCUCAAGACAGGGGUACACCUCCGUUGAGUGCCAUUACCACUGUCAACAUAAAUGUGACUGAUGUCAAUGACAAUGCCCCCAUGUUCAGCCGUGACUUAUAUACCACUGUUGUGUCAGAGGAUGCCACCAUUGGAGAGUCGGUUGUACAGCUCGUAGCAGAGGAUAUGGAUAGUCAGCUGAAUGGGGCCAUCCUCUACUCCAUUGUGAGCGGGGAUCGAGACAACCAGUUCUUCAUUGACCCACUCAGCGGGAUCGUCAAGGUUAACAAGCAUCUGGACCGAGAGACAUCUCCAGGCUACUCGCUGGCGAUCAGAGCUCUGGAUAGUGGAAUCCCACCUUUGUCUUCCACUGUUACGGUCAAGAUUGACGUCUCCGACAUCAAUGACAACCCACCUACCUUCUCCCCAGCCAACCUCACUACUGUCAUCCAGGAAAACAAGCCAAUUGGCACCAGCAUCAUCCAGCUGUCCGUUAUCGACCUGGACUCAUCCCACAAUGGCCCGCCGUUUGACUUCCACAUCUUAUCCGGAAAUGAGGGAGGAGAAUUUAUGUUGGAGCAAGACGGAACACUUGUUGCCAAUCAGGUCUUCAGGAGGGACCUUGCAACCAAAUACAUAGUUCAUAUACAGGUCACUGAUUCUGGCAGGCCUCGCUUGUCCUCUUCCUCCAUGCUGACAGUCAGGGUGAUUGAGGAGAGUCUCCACAGGCCUGUAGCCUUGCCACUAGAGGUUCAUAUUGUCACUCUGGAGGAUGAGUUUCCCGGUGGUGUCAUUGGAAAGUUGCACGCCACGGAUGCCGACCCCUAUGAUGCCCUGACCUACGGUCACGCGCCGCCAGCCCAUCGCAGUCUUUUCAAAAUUAGCCCUCGUGAUGGGAAGAUCAUAGCCCUGGGAGGAUUGGACGCUGGCAGAUACUCGCUUAACGCCAGUGUCAGUGACGGUCGCUUUGCUGUCCCGGUGCCUGUGAGCGUGCACAUUGAGCAGGCCACCCCUGAGAUGUUGCGUGAGGCUGUGACUGUUCGCUUUGAAAGCGUGGCGCCGCAAGACUUUGUAGCCUCAUACCUGAAGAGCGUCCUGAAAGUGUUGCAGCAAGCGGCCACGUCGCAGCAACGGGAUUCUCUGCACCUGCUCAGUCUGCAGCCAGUCGGCGGGACGAAACAGCUGGACAUGCUUGUUGCUGUGGAAACAGCUGACGGCGGAUACUACAAGGCAGCUUACCUCACUCAGAAACUUAGCGCUUCCCGGCGGCGGUUAGAGGAGGUCCUUAAAGUCUCGGCCAUCUUGGAUAAGAACUGCUCAGGAUUGGAUUGUCGCGGGGCGCAGUGUGAACAAACCAUCAUUUUGGAUUCACACAAUCUGGCAACGUACAGCACACCACGAAUCAGCUUUGUCUCACCACGCUUCCAUCGGACCUCACGCUGCACAUGCACUGACGUCAAUUGUGCUGCAUUGUCAGGACAAUGUGAAGACCAACCUUGUCCAGCGGACAUGCAAUGUGUUUCAGUGGAUGUCACCAGAGGGCGCCAUGCAUGUCAAUGUCCACCAGGCAAACUUGGAGAGUGUGCAGGCCAUUCAUCGCUGAGUUUCUCAGGUAACAGCUACAUAAAAUACCAGCUUUCAGAGAGACUCCAAAAAGAGCUGAAGCUGACACUGAGGAUCAGAACAUUGCAGACAAGAGGAAUCAUUAUGUACACCCAUAGUGAGCCCUGCACAAUGCUUAAGCUGGAUGAGGGAAAGCUGUGGUUCCAGCUCAGCUGCGCACCUGGCACCGCAGGUGGUGACAGUCCCGACAUGUUAGGGAUCUCUGGCCGCCGGAUUAACGAUGGCAGCUGGCACACGGUGGCAAUGGAGCUCAACCGCAACUUUAGCAGUCUCUCUCUGGACGACAGCUAUGUUGAAAGGCGCCAUGGACAAGCUUUCAUGCAACCUCUUGCUCCUGACAGAACCAUCUACUUUGGAGCACUGGUGCAGCAUCCCACUUCACGCAGCCUCAUUGACUCCCAAAAGGACCCAAAAGUCCUCGAGGGCUUCCAAGGUUGCCUGGACUCGGUCAUGCUGAACAACAACGAGCUACCUUUGCAGAACAAGCGUUCGCGCUAUGCUGAGGUGGUGGAACUGACAGAAUUGAAGUUGGGUUGCAUCCUGUUCCCUGACGCCUGUCUGAAGCAGCCUUGUCGCAAUGGAGGAAGCUGCAUCAGCCUGCCCUCUGGUGGAUUCUCUUGCAGUUGUAAUCCCCUGUACACUGGAGGGCGCUGUGAGAUAGAGAUAACAGCAUGUGUACCGAAUCCAUGUAAGAACGGAGGCAUGUGUAAGGCCAUUGGCAGUGCAUUCCUCUGCAGCUGUCGCAGAGGUUUCAUGGGUUUGACCUGUGAGAAGGAUGUAAACGAAUGUGACCGCAGCAAUCCCGAGGGCGAGUGUGAGAACGGCGGUAUCUGUGUCAACACUCACGGUUCCUUCUACUGUAACUGCACUGCGGGCUUCGUGGGCCAGCGUUGCAGCCUGCGGCCUGUUGUCGUCCCCGACAUGCAAGCUGGGCACGCGGUGGUCGGAAAGGAGGAAUUGAUCGGCAUUGCCGUGGUGCUGUUUGUCAUCACCGCCCUCGUCAUUCUCUUUAUAGCUUUCCGCAAGAAGGUCUUCCAAAAGAGCUACUCGCGAAACAACCUGUCGCUGGUCCAAGACCCUGCCACGGCAGCCCUUCUGAACAAAGCUAACGGAGUUCAGUUUAAGACUUUGGCAGGAGACCCAAUCAAUCUUUACUCAGAGACUGGGCUGGGGCCUCCUGUUGUCGGAACGGGCGGGAUGAUGGGACCUCCGCAGGUCCCCGUCAGGCCUAUGGCGUACACGCCUUGUUUCCAGUCUGAUCCACGGUCGACAAUGGAAAAGAUGGUGGACGGACGCACUGUGGAGCAUACAGAGAUGAGCACCUUUCACCCAGAGUCACCGAGGAUUCUUUCAGGCUCCAACAGGAGGGGGGUUGUUGUGUGCAGCGUGGCCCCAAACCUUCCCCCAGUUUCCCCUUGCCGAUCAGAUUGCUCCAUACAAAAGAACCCUUGGGACAGCGAUGACGGUAAAAUGCUCGAGGAAGUAACUUGUCUCUCAGGGAGCAACAAGGGCAGUAAUUCAGAGGUCCAGUCGUUGAGCUCCUUUCAGUCUGACUCCUGUGAUGACAAUGCCUCCAUAGUGACCGUCAUUCGACUGGUCAAUGACGCUGUCGACACAAUCGAAAGUGAAGUGUCAGUCAUGGACCAAAGUGAAACCUACAACAGAGCAUAUCAUUGGGACACAUCAGACUGGAUGCCAAGCACCAAACUGUCAGAUAUUGAGGAGGUGCCAGGCUACGAGGCGUCUCCAAGAGGAAUCGCAGCAGGCACACCAGCACGACUCGGAGGAAGCAAUCGUGAAUUGGAGUCCGACUACUAUCUGGGGGGUUACGAUGUUGACAGCGACUAUCCGCCCCCCCAGGAGGAAGAAUUCUUUAACCAAGACCAAUUGCCUCCCCCGUUGCCUGUUGGAGAGGACUACGCAGAGCCCCAUAAUCUGCCACCCACCAACCUGCCGGUUUCAAAAGAGAGCACCUUGAGCUCUGGUGGCACUGGUCAUCAGCAUGGCAGGCCUCAUUUUCACCCCAGUCAAUACCUGCCUCCCCAUCAGGUUCCAACGGGGGAGGCAGCGCACGGGGAACUCAGUACUUUGGCGAGUGGGGCGACUUCAAAAACUGGCGACACUGAUGACUCUGUGUCUCUAAAUACGCGGCUUUCGAUUGGAGCAUCAUCAGCGUCGGACGUGUCAGCCCCGUGUGGGCUGGAUGACUCUGAACAUGGCAGCAAUUUUGACAGUAUGGAUGAGCUGCGUCGAGGGGUGACUAUCAUCACUGAUUCGCAGCAGCAAACAGAGGUAUGAUCGAUUGUACCGUGAGUUAUUUGAAGGACACAGUCGAAUCAAGUAAAUGUUCACAUUCCUUCAUUUAGGAUAAUAAAUGCUUUUGAAAUAGUUACAUUAAAUGACUAUAACAACAAUGAAAAAAAUAAAAACAAUGAUACCCUUGCUCAACGCCUUAUGAGGGAUUACAGUAUUCCCCUUCCAUUGCGUGCUCAACAGUUUUGUUACUCUACUUUUUCCGCCUCCAGUUUAAAGUGCCUAUGACAGCAAAAAGCAUGUUUUUUUCAUAUUUCGCGUGGUAUUUUAUGCUCCUAAAUAAAAUUGGACUGCUUCGAUGUGUGUGGAAGCGAUCAAUUUAUAUAUUCCAGUUUUUGAAUCCCACUAGAGAGAAAAUAAAUAACUUCCUGUUUAGAGGAGGAAUGCGAAUGUGACGUCACCCGGGUUAGGGACUUACUCCGGUGGCAUAAAAUAUCGUUCGGGAGGUGCAAGAAGUCGAUAGUUUUGACCAUUAUGGAGUAAUUUUGCCAUGUCAUACUGAAUAAAUGCAUUUUGAAUAUUUCAUUUUCCAUUUAGCACAAGAGUGUUAUUUGUCAUGACAAUACCAUUUAUUUAGCAAUUGGGGGAAAAAAAUACUUGGAUUAAAAGAAUAUCCUGUAAAAAUGUUGGAGAGAUUGAAUCAAUGACAUUUUGCUGCUCUCUUCGUCGCAUUUUCCUCAUUCUGAAUAAUUCCCCCUCAAUGGGCUGAAUUCUAAAUCAGAUGAAAUCGUGACCCUGGCGACCUCAUCCUCUAGCUAAAAGACUAAUUUCUCGACAUCUGCGCUUUGCCAAAUUGUUUUAUAUAGUCGAAUUAUCUCAAAAUAUUAUUCUAAUUCACAUAAUAAUGCUAUUUAAACUUUUUUUUUUUUUGCUGUCGUAGGCACUUUAAUUUAGGUUUAAUUUCACUGUCUACUGAUGGAUGGUAGCAUUGCAAUUACGCGACGCUGAACAAUACAGAACGUAUUCCAGCUCACCUCCGUUUUUGAAUGUCACAAUCUUCUUUAAUCCUCCAUCCCACAUCGAAAGAAAGCAACAGCUAUAGGUUCAUAUUAUAAUGUACAUCUUUGGGUAUGAUUAUUGUUAUAUGACUAUUGAUGUACAUUGUAUGGAAGUUUGUUGGUUUGGAAAAAAUAUCAAUUUAAAUAGGGUAUUUCUAUAUCACAGAUUUUACUUAUUACAGGGGUGUUCUGGAGGGGGGGAUUAUUGUAUUUCUUCAUUGUUCACCGUCCACUGUAAGUAGUACUCUUCUCUAUAAACAGGAAGUCAUAUGAAUUGUCAGAAGAAAUGGCUAGCGAAUGUGAAUGAGAGACUCAUUUUCAAAGUAUUAAUGCUUAGACAUUUUAUGGAGGAUUGCAGAAUAAGGAGGGAUAUUAAUGUAAGUGAAAAGAUUGUUUGAUUUCCCGAUGACUGACAAAUGCCAAAGGAGUACUUCUUUCUAGAAACACACAAAUCCUCCCCUAUUACUGCCUUCUUGUUUGUCCUUCUUGCACAAUUUAAAGUGCUUGUACAGACUUUGUAUGAUAGAAUAACCUGACUUGUGUCAGGUUCUGGAAAAGAAAAUACUUUUUCUAAAUACAUGUUUUAUUUCAUGUGGAAUGUGCCCCCUUAAAUCAUGCUUAGUAUUGUAUGAUAGCUAAGGGCUGCCGUUGUUGCUAAUGUACUUUCAGUUUUCUCCUGUUUUGAAAACCUGUUGUUAUGAACAAUAACAUUUGGCUCAAUGUAGAUUUAUACCAUGAGCACUUACUGUACAUUUGAGAUAAUGUAGUUAUUUUUUUCUUGGUUCUUUUUCAACAAGGGGUCGGCAACCCACGACUCUUUGAACCCUCUGAUGCGUCUUAUUUUCAUAUUUCAUAAAUAAAUGAAUAUUUGAUGAAAAUGUGGUAACUUAACAAAGCAAUUUAACUUUCAUGUAGUUAUCAGAUUAAGUUUUGUGUGUUUGUUUACAGAACACUCACGCUGGUCAUGAAUUUGCCAUUUAUUUAGUCAUGGUUGCCACUCGGAAAGUGUACCCACAAGUCUUUGUGGCACAAUGUAUAGUCACGGUUGAAACUUGGAAAGUGUACCCACAAAUAGGGGCAUCACUUCACCUAAUUCAAUACUGGGGCACAGUGGGGCACUGGUGAGUGUACAAAUUAUUUUUUUUUAGCCCUUAUCUAUGAUAAACUGUCAGAAAUGGCGCUCAUAGACUUCAUAACCUAUUGACAUGACAGGGAAAACGGGCCAAUUCAUAGGGGGCCUAUUUUCAAAAACUUCAAAUUCAAAUAUUUUCAAAUCAAAGCUGUGACCGACCUAAAACUUAAACAGGCACCUACCUUAACCAUAUAUCCAUAUAUCUCAUAUCUCCAUGAGCAGCGGCAUCAAAAAAUUCAAAGUUGUUCCCUUAUAUAAUCCCGAUUAAUUAUUUUUUAUGUAAGUAUAACGCAACUUAAAAUGGCUAUAAAAGUCUCAAUUUUUUCACUAGCUGCAUAAAAAACACCAAAUGCAGAUAUAAUCACCUAAAUUUUAAGGAUCAAUAGCAAUAUUUAACGUAUCAUAUAUGUUUUCGACCAAAAUAGCACCUUAAUUUUCUUUUUGUAUUUACUGCGAGUUUUCAACAACUAAUAAAUCACUCAAUUUAACAUCAGAAACUUUAUACUUAUGGAAAAAAGGCAGAAUCAAUUAUGAUAAUAAUAUGUAAAUAAAUUAUUAAUAAAUUCUAUAUCACAACUUAUUAUAGAACUGAAUAGCCCUUUAUUAUCAUUAUUCGCUAUAUACUGUUAGCGGAUGAGGCUAGCGGCCGCCUGACGUAAACAGAGCUUUUCUGGCAAAAAUUCUUGUCAAUAAAUGCUUAAAUCCCCGAAUUCUUCAUAGGUAUGGACGUAAUACAGUCUCGAUUUGUGGUUAAUAGCAAAGAAACCGUGCAGUUAGUGUUUAUUUUACGUAUAUAUGUCAAAGUACAAUGCUACUCUGUUAGCGAAUGAGGCUAGCGGCUGCCUGACGUAAACGGCUUUUCUGGCGCAAAUUCUUGUGAAUAAAUGCUUAAAUCCCUAAAUUAUUUAUAGAUAUUUACAUAAAACAGUCUCGAUUCUUGGUUAAAAGUAAAAAAAAAUGUGCUGGUAACAUUUAUUUUGCGUAAAUAUUGCCAACUAUGAGGCUAGUCUGUUAUGAAAAUUGGCCGCCUCCAUGUGUAAACAAGAAAAUUCCUGCGAAUAAAUGCUUCAAUCACUGAAUUCUUUGUAGAUAUGGACGUAAAACUGUCUCGAUUCAUUGUUUAAAGACCGGGCAGUUACGCAUCUAUUUUACUUAUAUAUGUGGAAGAAUGAUGCCUAUGCCGUAGCGGUUCCCAUACUCCCAAUGAUUUUUUUCACAACGUUUCAAAAUGCAUGCAUGGAAAGAAAAAUAAAUAAUACUUACCUUGAAUCCUCCAACAAAUCACUCCUGAGACAAUCCUUCCUGUUUGUAUGCAGUACAGCUUUCGUAGUUCUUCAAAAAUCCAAGCUUGAAUCCAGCCUAGACAUUGCCUGACUAUACUAAAUGAAGCUCAGCCCCCUCUGAUAAGGCGUGACGCAAAGAAUGACGAAGUGUCAGGUCAAUAGGUAAGGAAGUCUAUUUAAACAAUAUCUAUGUAAAGGAUGCACGCGUGCCCGUUGUGAGCGGUGCAUAGAAACCUCCCUUCCAAAGUCUUCAAGAGGGUGCGCUGGCAGCUAAAGCUGCUAGCCUGGGCUUUUCGCUUAGUGGUCAGUGCACUCACCUGCUGUGCUGAACAUGCCAUGCAUGCGAGUGCGAAUCCUUACCUGGACGAGGGGGACGGAUCGCGUCGUACGGCGCGGCUCUAUGCAGACCGGUUACAUACAAUCGAAACAAAAUAUAAUUUUCUGUAGAAAAAAAUGAUGUUUAUUUUGUUUUUCAGCCAUCAGUAUUCAAAAUCAAAAUUGUUCACCUCUGUUCAUGCUCAUCAAUUUCCAUCUCUCAUUCACUACUUUCUAUACUCUGCUGCUCUACAUUGUCUGGAUAGAAAUGGGGAUAUAUCACUGCAACUGUUAUGCAAUUUAUAUUCAUGACGUUAGCAAUUGUUGCUAGGCGGGUCAACCUCCCGUUUGUCCCUAAUAGUAAAUGAAUGGAAAUAGUGUAUGAACGAGAUGUUUACUGAGCUAAGCCUACCAAUUCUGUCUGAAAAUGGUGUCCCUGGUGGACGAGUAAAGAUGUGGAAAAACAUACAAAUGUUUAGUUAAAGGGAUGACUUGAGUGUCGAGGGCUACAAACUUUUGAUAAAGACAGGAAUAUUUACUUACGUUUGAUCAUGGACGGACAUAUAGAAAGGUUCUCCUCAGACACAACCUGCCAUGUGGCUGCACACAACAACUGCACGCCUCUCCCUUACUGUUAACGUCUUCGCUGUGUCUUUACGCAUUUAUUUAUGCCAUGUUCAUGUUGCAUUUGUAUGUUUAUGAUGUAACUUGUUUAUUUAGCAACUUGGGAUAAAAUUGAGAGUACAACUCAAUGUAAAAAAGUGCUUAUUCACUACCACAAAAGCUUCGGGAGCAAAAUAUUAUCAGGGUAAAAAAAUUUGACAGAACACUGGCUGUGAACACGCAUGUGUGUGUCGGGAAGGGGGGGGGGGGGGGUUAAGUCAUCAGCCAAUUAAACUUGCGUUUGAGGGGAAAAUAAAUGGAGUAGCAGAUUCAGCAAGUGAAAAGGUGCAAAUUUAAGUCUGAACAUAUUGAAAGUACUGUAAUUCACCUAAUAAUGGUAGGGUUAAUUCUAUACUUACAACAUGGGAAGACAAUCUAAAUUACCUAUAUAAUUGAAGUCAUUAAAUAAUGCAAAUAAAGUUGGGUAAAAGUUGGAGGGGACAAUUUGAGCAUCCUGAAAAGUUGGUAGUGUUAUGUCCCUACCAUCCCUAUACAAACGCUUGCCCUUGGUAUAAACAGUUUCAACCUUGACUUAACAUAGCUGGUGAAUUCACGACUUGCAUGAGUGUGAAUACAAACAUACAUAAAAGACUAAUUCUGUUUACUGAAAGGACACUAAACUUUUUUUUUUUAAGUUUAAAUGCACUACAGAAAUACAUAUGUAUAUAAAAUAAUAUAAACAUAAACUGUUGCGUUGAUGCAAUUAUUUCAAUUCUUAAUAGGUGCGGACAGCUCCCAGAGUUGUCUUUUCUGUGGCAACUGGGUCAAAAUGGCUCUUUGAGUGUUAGGUUGCCGACCUGUCUUAUGUGACGUACCCUGUACUUAGUUGGUUAUCUUGCACGGACGUGUCCAACAAUAACGUACACACUGAAUUAGUGAAAACGGAAUAAUCUGAUGGAUACUGAGGCUAAUAAGCCAAGGGAAAGCUCGCAAUAUUUUUUGUCGGAGGCAGUCAGUGAUAGAAAGAAUCCUGCAUAAAGUAUAGUGUGGCACCAAUGUUUGAGAUAACUAAUAAUAAAGGAAUGCAAGUUAGAGUGACUUAUAAUUUUUGCUAUUAUAAUAACUCACAAGAAGCAAUACAAAGUGGUUUGGGGAAAGAAAAAAAAAAACAUUUAAAUGCAGCAGAUGAUUAAAAGUUCCUAAUCAUAUUUUCUAAUUGGGUAACAAAAGUAGGAAUGUAAACUAAAAUUCCAAGUAUGUUAGCAACCACAGCACUCUCAGCUUCAGUAAUUAUACUGUAUGUCAUGAAAUGGUUUCUAUAAGUGAUAUUGAUCGUGAUAUGUUGCUUUGUCAAGAUGUUUUUGAGAUGUUGUGCCACAUUCAUGAAUACGACCCCAUGAUCGCGGUGUUGAUGUCAUUGUAUUAUUGAACUGCAUUUUUAAAAAAAGAAAAAACAGCGCAACUGGCAAACUUUAAAACAAAAACUGUUGUCAAAGCAUCUGCUUUCUGUCAGAGAAAUAAGCACAUCACAGACGGUAGAUUCACCGCCUUUCGGUAUCUCACUGUUGCCUGUCAUCAUGCAUCUGAAUCCCAACCCCACAAACAGAAGUGGAUUCAGGUCCACGUGUUGACCGAUCAAAUUGUUCAUAAGGGUCAUUUUUCUAUGUAAAAGAUGUAUGUUAAUGUUAAAAUCUUUGUACAGUUUAAAUAGCUAUGUUGUUAUAAUGCAAAUUUUCUAAGUAUGAAUUGUAAUCCUUGUUUUUUGGGGGUUUGUUUUUGUUUUUUGUUUUUAAUGAGAACGUGGAAAAUACUGUAGGGUAUUACUAUCAGUUCAUUUUCAUUUCUUUGCUGCCAGACAUGUAUUAAAUUAAUUCCACAUACAUCCAAUAUUACAGACGUAGAGUAUUGAGUGAGUAUUCAGUCAACACAUUGUACUAUAACGAAUGAUACGAAUAUGAAUUUUUGUAUUUCAGUCAUAAUUAGCCCAAUAAAUGGGCUCAGCUGCAUUUCUUGUUUGUUAUUUUUUCAAGGCAGUAUGAAAAUAUCUACUAAGUGCAGAUUGCAAUUGUACAAAAUGAGUUGGGUUUUUUUUUUCUUAAUUUUUAUUC